UCCUUUGGUUGAAAGUGGCUACGACACACUGUGAUCAAUCAAACUCCAUUAAAAUGUCUGCUGCAAAUGAGAACACCGCUCGACUCACUCAGUUCAAAAACAAAGGAAAAGAUGCCACUGAGCUGAGACGUCGAAGGAUCGAAGUCAACGUCGAGCUUCGUAAAGCAAAGAAAGACGAGCAGAUUUUGAAGAGGAGAAACGUGAGCAGUUUUCCGGAUGAGGCCACCUCUCCUCUCCAAGAGAAAAGCCAGAACUGUCAGGCACAGCACUGGACAGUGGAGGAGAUUGUAAAUGGUGUGAAUAGUAAUAACUUGGAGACUCAAGUCCAGGCCACACAAGCUGCCAGGAAGUUGCUGUCAAGAGAGAGACAUCCACCUAUUGACCGCAUAAUCAGUGCUGGUCUGAUUCCUAAGUUCGUGGGCUUCCUGAGCCUGGUAGACUCUCCUCCUAUACAGUUUGAGGCGGCCUGGGCUCUGACCAACAUUGCAUCUGGAACAUCUGACCAGACCAGCGCCGUGGUCCAGGGAGGGGCAAUCCCAGCAUUCAUCAGCCUCAUCUCGUCACCACAUGCUCAUAUUAGCGAGCAGGCAGUUUGGGCUCUUGGAAACAUCGCUGGUGAUGGUUCUGGGUAUAGGGAUAGAGUCAUUAAGCAUGGUGCAAUCCCCCCCCUCUUGGCUCUGCUGGCUGUUCCUGAUUUGUCUGUGUUUCCUGCUGGUUACCUGAGGAACGUCACAUGGACCUUGUCAAACCUGUGCCGCAAUAAGAACCCUGCACCACCUCUGGAGGCUGUGAAACAGAUACUACCCACACUCAUCUGCCUUCUGCAGCACAGUGACAAAGAAGUGCUUGCGGACACCUGCUGGGCCAUCUCUUACCUGACCGACGGGCCCAAUGAUCGCAUUGAGGUUGUGGUGAACGCCGGUGUGGUUCCUCGACUGGUGCAGCUACUGGCAUCUGGGGAGCUGUCCAUUGUGACCCCCUCACUACGUUCUAUUGGUAACAUUGUCACUGGCACAGAUGAACAAACGCAGGCUGUGCUGGAGGCUGGUGCUCUUCCCAUGUUCCCAGCUCUGUUGCGCCACCAAAAGAGCAACAUUCAGAAGGAGGCGUCCUGGACUCUCUCCAACAUCACGGCUGGCAGAGACUAUCAGAUUCAGGAGGUCAUCAAUGCUGGCAUUGUGCCGUACCUGGUGGAAGUUCUCAGACGAGGUGAUUACAAGACCCAGAAGGAGGCUGUUUGGGCAGUGACCAAUUAUACCAGCGGGGGCACAGUAGAGCAAGUGGUUUACCUAGUUCAAGCCAACGUAUUGGAGCCCUUGUUGAACCUGCUCUCCACUAAGGACAGCAAAACUAUUCUGGUCAUCUUAGAUGCCAUCACAAAUAUCUUUUUGGCUGGAGAGAAGAUUGGUGAGGUUGAAAAGCUGUGUUUGAUGAUUGAGGAGUGUGGUGGCCUGGACAAAAUCGAAGCUUUGCAGUCUCAUGAAAAUGAAAUGGUUUACAAGGCCUCCCUCAACUUAAUUGAAAAAUAUUUCUCUGGAGAGGAGGAAGAGGAUGAAUGUGUCGCACCUGAAGCUACAGAUGAUGGUUAUGCAUUCCAGAUCAACGAAAACCAAAGCACUUUCAACUUCUAAAUGUCUGACCUGUGAAAUACUUUUGUAUGAUUGUUCCGAUCAUUUCUGCACGCCACUUAUCUUGUUCAUGUUUGUCUCUGUUUGGACCUCGUGCUCCAAGUUGUACAUAUGAAUCUGUCAGUUUUAAUUGUUGCAAAUAAA